CCCCAGGGCGCAGGGGCGUGGCGUCACACACAGCAGGAAGCAGUGAGGCAAGAAAGUGAGAGAUUAAAAAGCGGCUCAAUCCCUCACACCCGCCCAGUCUGUGGCUGCUCGUGCGUGAGGAUGCGCUGCUUGGUCUUCCUCGUGUCCGCUCUGUGGGCAGUUGUUCCAUCUGAUGGAGCGAGUGAGGUUCAAUCACUGACUGGGAGGUUUGGGGAGACCCUGACCCUCGACACUCCAGAGACUCAGCUGAUCGGUGAAUAUGGGAUCAUCUGGUCUCAUGGAAACAGAGUCUUAAUUCACUACGACGCUGGAGAAUGGAGAAAAAAUGCAACUGAGAAGCACCAGCUGGAUGAAAAGACCGGAUCACUCAUCAUUCGGUCCCUCACUGCUAAUGACAGCGGACGUUAUCAGAGGCAGCUCAUCAAAGGGAGCGAGCUGAUCGAGAAAGAAUUUAACGUGACUGUUGUGGGACCGUCCAGUUAUUCUGCAACACCAACAACACCGGCACAAGCGUCAGCUGAUCACAGCACCGCUGGUCCAGAACCAACUACACCUCCAAAGAACUGGAUACUCUGGAUCGUUGGUGUUGGUGUACUGAGUGGGUUCGCCGUUCUUCUCUUUGCUGUGUGGAAAAAUCGUGAGCUAAUCAAAGCUCAGUGUGAGCAAAGGUUUUGGGUUUGGUACGCGCCGUGUGAUCGAGAAGAUCCUGGAAGAUCCUCCAGACAGGAGAAUGUAACACAGGGUACAGCUGUGCAGGAUACAGCUGUGUAACGGACCUCCCACAGACGUCCAGCGUUACAAAUCUCAUGUUUAAUGCUGAGGACAUGACAGUGAGCAGUAAAUAGCAGUAAAUAUGGCCUCUGUCUUUACUGUCUGUCUCUUUAAGACAUUUGUCUAUAAAAGAUCCAAAGAGCAGCUGCUGCACUGUGAACCUGUAACAUCCAUGGAGAGAGUCGUAGGUUUUUAAAGAUCAGACACAUAAUGAGGCCUUAAAGUCUGACUCAUGUAUCUCAGUGGACCUGCUCUUUCUGAUAUGCAGUGCUGCUUUUACAUUUUCUUCAUCAGGUACUGAAUACAUGUUACACUGAUUCUGGAUGUCAGUCUCUGAUAACACCAAAGAUGCACAAGAAAGAGACAUUUGUGUAUAUUAGAUCAUCUUAAAUGUGUAAACUUUAUAAUGUAUCAUAUUAUUUAAUUAGUUUAGUCUGUUACUGUUGUUGUAUUGGAGCGACUGUAACCACAUAAUUUCCUUAUGAAUCAUUAAAGUGCUCUGAUUCUGAAGAGACCAAAGGUCAUCUGAGGUCACUGACACUGACUUGAACUCGCGGCUGUCACAUUUCUCUAUGAGCUGCUUUAAGCUGCUGGAUGAACUCCACCCCGUGUAAAGAUGGAUGCUGUGCCAUCAUCUGUUCACACUCUAUAAGAAUGAAGCCAAACUGUCACAGAAAGGACAUCUCUGUGGGCGUCAUCAGUGAGUACGCUGUAGUAACAGGAGGGUUGAGAUCUGCUGCCUACCCAGACAAAACCAUGAGAGCGCACAACACAUGGACUUCCUGUUGCAGAGCUCACUGUACGACUAACCUGUACUGUUUACUGAAUGACGUCUUUCCAAACAAACUAAAACUGAUUUUGAGGAAACUUGAAGAGCUCUGAGACACCGGGCUCUUUGGUGUUUACUGUUGUAAUAAUAUAGCAAUAAAAGACAUUUCCAAAAAC